CAUAUCAAAAAUACUUUUUAAAUUAAUAUUAUAAACAUUUUUUACAAUGAGGUCUAAAAAUCCAACUGCUAAAAAGCCGCAACAAAUUCUUUUCUGCAAAAAUACCUAUGGACCAAAAGUCAAGGUUCAGAAUUGGGAUUACCAAAUGCAUGUGGAAAAGAAGGAUAAUUAUGUAUACCGGGAUAAUCUGAGUAAUCAUCUCAGUACAUAUUUGCGUUGGGGCGAUCAAGAUCAAAACAUUGGUAAAAGCGAAACACGAAUUAUGCUUGAACAAGUUUAUAGCAAAACUGAUCCAAUUUAUGCUUUUAAGCCUCUUGUUAAUUUUACUUCAUAUCCAUGCACUGAUACCCCUGGUCGAAAUAAACUGAUGAAAAAUGCAAACUUGGCACAACUUCCUUUAGAUUUCGGUGUUAUGGAUUAUCUUACAACUCAACAAGAUGAAUAUAGAAAUCCUUAUGCGACUGUUCCUCCACCGUUAUCAAUGGCUUCACCUGUGUGGUUGGUUAAUCGAGUAAUUCGGUCAGAUCUUACGCAUAACCAUGGAACAGCCCCGCCUAAAGGCGAAUAUCAAUGUUUAGAUACGCAUACGCCGAUUGGUCAUAUUCGUCAAAUGAGAUUGUUUCGUUACCAAUCAUUUAAUCCAGCGACAUGCAUUCAAGAUUUUCCUUCUGUUGAUUUAUCACUAGACAGCAAAUAAAAUACAUGUGUUUUUAAAAUUCCUUUAUUACGUCAUAAUCUAAAAAAAAAAAACAAAAAAUGAAAUAGAAAAAAUAACGAUAGCUACAAAACGCUUAAAUGACAACAU